AUAAAAUUCAGUUGUUCUUGAAAAAUUAGCCAGCAAAUUUGACCAUCAAGACUCAAAAAUUUAAGAUUUUUCAGUAACUUAGAAGAAUAAAGCAAGAAUUUGAAACUUCCCCAAUUUAGCCAUUAGGCACCAAGGAUUUUUUGGCCUUUCCAAAAUCUGCGGAGUUUCUCUGACCUUUUCCAACCUUUCCUCUCAAGUAAUUUACUUUAAAUACGAUUUAAGACAAGCCAGACAAAAUAAGGCAAUUGCGUGAAGCCCACGAGGGCCAAUCAAAAGUGGGCCCAAAAAUUCCUGAGCUGACGUCUUCUCCAAUCUUAGGGCCAUUGAGUCAGACGCAGAUCUCAACUUGUUCUUCUUCCUCUGGCGCCGCUAGGUUUUACCGAAAACGAAAAAAGAAUGAAGUUUGGGCAUUAAAAACACAUCCGAAUUUUUUAUUGUUAAUCAGAACAGAAUCAUCCAUGAGAAAAUGCUUUCAAGAACUUCGUCUUCUGCUUCUUCUUCUAUUAUUCACCGCCUUCAUACGCUAGCUUCUUCAAAGCUCCCUCUUUUGCCUUCUCUUUCUACAUCGCCAUGUCCAGACUUUUGACAUUUGUUAGGAAAGCUGCGCAAUCUGCUAUUUCAAACCAGAGAAGGAGUUAUUCAGAAUUUAGGAAGUAUGGAACAGUUGUUAGUAUUGGGUUGCGUUUGCCACAAUGUAGAGUUUACUCCAAUUAUAGGUAUAACAUUGGAGGAAAGCCUCCCUUCUUACUGCAGAAUACCAAGGAAGGGUUGUGUCGAGGUUAUUUUGCCAGGAACCAUUCCUUCCUUUCUGCAAGUGGUGCAGUAACUCAUCAUGCCCAAGUUGCUUGGAAAAGGCUUACCCACAAAUGUUCUGCCACUGGUCGUACUUUACCCCAAAUAAGCAGGAUUGCUCAAGCAGUCAGCUUAGCUUUGUCCCGCUCACACUUGAUAGUUCCUGGUAUUUUUGGCUUGAUAUGUGGACAAGUGGCAUUGGCACAGAGGACUUUAGUACAGACAGAUUACUACCCAUCACAGAAUUCUUUGUCUAUGCGUGCACAAGAUGGGCAUGCUUUUGUUUCCUCUUUACUAUUAUCGGUAGUAGAAGGUGUUAUACUGCUGGUGAGGGCUCUGUAUCUUGCAGUUUUAUUCUCUCCUAGCAUAAUAAUGGCACCAUUUGCCGACUCUUGUGGUCCCCAAUUCAGGAAAAUGUGGCUUGAGGUUGUGCAUCGCACACUUGAAAAGGCAGGUCCAGCAUUCAUAAAGUGGGGUCAAUGGGCAGCAACACGACCAGAUCUCUUCCCUAGAGAUUUAUGCACCAAGCUUUCAGAGCUUCACAGCAAAGCUCCUGAACAUAGCUUUGCCUACACAAAGAAAACUAUUGAAAGAGCAUUUGGCCGCAAGCUUUCUGAAAUUUUUGAGCGUUUUGAAGAGGAACCUGUGGCAUCUGGAAGUAUAGCUCAGGUGCACCGGGCUACUUUGAGAUUCCGCUAUCCUGGUCAACAGGUCAAGCCUAUGGUAGUUGCUGUAAAGGUUAGACAUCCUGGUGUUGGUGAAUCAAUUAGGAGAGAUUUUAUGAUUAUCAACACAGUGGCAAAGUUAUCAAAGUUCAUUCCAACACUGAACUGGUUGAGAUUGGACGAGAGCGUCCAGCAGUUUGCUGUUUUUAUGAUGUCUCAAGUUGAUCUUGCAAGGGAAGCUGCCCAUUUGAACCGUUUUAUAUACAAUUUCCGAAGAUGGAAGGAUGUUUCUUUUCCUAAGCCUGUGUAUCCACUUGUGCAUCCUGCUGUUUUAGUGGAAACUUAUGAGCAAGGGGAAAGUGUCGCACAUUAUGUUGAUGGACUUAAAGGACAUGACCGGAUUAAGAUUGCACUUGCUCAUAUUGGAACUCAUGCACUUUUAAAGAUGCUUUUGGUGGACAACUUUAUUCAUGCUGACAUGCAUCCUGGAAAUAUCCUUGUUCGGGUGUCUCAAAGCAAGGCUUCUCGAAAACGGCUAUUUAAAUCAAAGCCUCAUGUCAUCUUCCUUGAUGUAGGCAUGACUGCUGAACUUUCUAAGGGUGACCGUGUAAAUUUAUUGGAAUUUUUUAAGGCUGUUGCCCGUAGAGAUGGCCGCACUGCUGCAGAGUGCACACUCAGACUAUCGCAGCGACAAAACUGCCCGAACCCUAAGGCUUUUAUUGAGGAAGUAGAAGAAGCAUUCACUUUUUGGGGUACUCCAGAGGGUGAUCUAGUCCAUCCGGGUGAAUGCAUGCAACAACUGCUUGAGAAAGUAAGGCGUCAUAAAGUCAAUAUUGAUGGAAAUGUAUGCACUGUGAUGGUCACAACUUUGGUUCUUGAGGGUUGGCAAAAGAAACUUGAUCCAGGAUAUAAUGUAAUGCAAACGCUACAGACAUUGCUACUCAAAGCUGACUGGGCAAAAUCGCUUUCCUACACUAUUGAUGGGCUGAUGGCUCCAUAAAACAUUAUCCGAAGUAUGGUUAGCUGAAUGCAUUCUCUCAAUGGAUCAUUUGUUUCUGUUUCUAGAAAACAAUUUUGAUAGAGCUGAGACCCUAGAAUAUACCGGUCCUGAAAAGCAUCAUAAGUAGUAUUUAUCUUUUCAAUGAAAUUUUGAGCUAAUGUGAAAUUUAAUCCUUCUGUAAUUAUUUGUUAGUUUGUUACUUUCCGCUAUUCAUUGCUGUUAUAUCUUUAGCCCCCAAAACUCACAGAGGGGCAACACAGAAAUAAAGUGUCAAACUUUUUUUUUUUUCCUUUAAAUUGUUAUGGAGGGACAAACAAUUCAUGUACCAACACGUAGUGGUCGAUUGGUUUUGUUGUGUACUUUAUGUUUUCGAAACUUUUGUUUUGUUUUAUUUUUAAUUUAUUGAA